GACACCCGCAGUUCCAUGGUUGGUUCGGAGCGCGAUGAGCCGCCCGUCCUCCACCGGCCCCAGCGCUAACAAACCCUGCAGCAAACAGCCGCCGCCGCCGCCCCAGCACGCUCCGUCCCCGGCUGCGCCCCCGGCCGCCGCCACCAUCUCGGCAGCGGGCCCCGGCUCGUCCGCGGUGCCCGCCGCGGCGGCGGUGAUCUCGGGCCCCGGCAGCGGCGGUGGCGGCGGCGGCGGCGCGGCUGGCCCGGUGUCCCCACAGCACCACGAGCUGACCUCGCUCUUCGAGUGCCCGGUCUGUUUUGACUAUGUCCUGCCCCCCAUCCUGCAGUGCCAGGCCGGGCACCUGGUGUGUAACCAAUGCCGCCAGAAGUUGAGCUGCUGCCCGACGUGCAGGGGCGCCCUGACGCCCAGUAUCAGGAACCUUGCUAUGGAGAAGGUGGCCUCGGCAGUCCUGUUUCCCUGCAAGUAUGCCACCACAGGCUGCUCCCUGACCCUUCACCACACAGAGAAGCCAGAGCACGAAGACAUCUGUGAAUACCGGCCCUACUCCUGCCCCUGUCCUGGUGCUUCCUGCAAGUGGCAGGGGUCCCUGGAGGCGGUGAUGUCCCAUCUCAUGCACGCCCACAAGAGCAUUACCACCCUUCAGGGAGAAGACAUUGUCUUUCUAGCUACAGACAUUAACCUGCCGGGGGCUGUCGACUGGGUGAUGAUGCAGUCGUGUUUUGGCCAUCACUUCAUGCUGGUGCUAGAGAAACAAGAGAAGUACGAAGGCCACCAGCAGUUCUUUGCCAUCGUGCUGCUCAUCGGCACUCGCAAGCAGGCCGAGAACUUUGCCUACAGACUGGAGCUGAAUGGGAACCGGCGGAGGCUGACCUGGGAGGCCACACCCCGAUCCAUUCAUGACGGCGUGGCUGCGGCCAUCAUGAACAGCGAUUGCCUAGUUUUUGACACAGCCAUAGCACAUCUUUUUGCAGAUAAUGGGAACCUUGGAAUCAAUGUGACUAUUUCAACAUGUUGUCCAUGAUGCAGCGAAAUUAUUUGGGCAUAGUGCUCUAUGGUUAAUAAAGGAUUUUAUGGAUGUUUUAUUCACUAUGUCUUCACAAGUCAAGGUCCCCAGUUACCUUGUGUUCUGUUUGAACAUCAGCCCAAUGGAGUUCAUUAAACUGGGGUGAAUGCUUUUGGCCUGUUGGUUCUAUAACUUGAUUAUUAAAUUUUACUUCCUGAAUAGCCCUUGACCGGUUGCUCAGGGCUCCUGCAGACAGACCAGUAGGUUAAGAACUGGAGGCUUCUUCCUGCCCCCUCCCUAAGUGGUCCCUCCAAAUUGACAAAGCACAGUGACUGUCAGAAGAUUGCUUUCAUCUUGUGUUUAGGGGUAGGAGUUGGUUUAGUGCAUUUUAAACAGUGUUCCUGUUUCUCAAACUGGAAGGCUAAUCAGUAUGCAUAGUUACCUGGAGUACUCCUGUUAGACAUGCAGAUUUGAGAGCCUAUGAAUUUAACAAUCCCAUCAGGUGAUACUUAUCAACAGUGAAGUUUGAGAAUUACUGGGUUAAGUUGUGGGGAAAGGGUCCAGAUUUUAAAGGUGCUUUACAGUUGCCCUCAACUGAUACCAUUUGUCUUUCUACUAUCUCAUCCCCCAAAGCCCAUCCCUCAAAUUAAAACUAGAACUACAGGUCCCCAGGAACACAUUCCCAAGACUUGGUCUUUCUCUUGUGUUUGGGGUGGAUUACCUAGAAAAGUGAGUCCUAUGUCCACUGAUAGUCGUCACGUAAUUAGAUUUUGCUCAUCACCAGUACAGGAGAGCUGUUUACAUGAGGCUUCCCUUGGAGGCCCUCCUUGAUCAUAAAUGGUGGGAAAGACUAGGUCAAUAGAGUGGGGAAAGCUUUAUAACCAAUGUUAUAUGCUUGCUACUUAAAGGUAUGUGUUGGGGUUUUUUUGUUUUGUUUUUUGCCACAUUCACUUUAGUUUUUUAAUAAAUAUUUUUCAAAACUGAA